AAAGCUCGCCGACACUACGACUCUAUAAGAAGAAGAGAAGCACCGUGGCCGUAAUAAAAAUUUGGGCCAAUUUGGAGACGGAGGAGCCGACAUGCAGGUGGUAUCAUCAGCGAGCGGAGGCGCCCACAAACUGCUUCUCAUCUCCGGGAAGCAGAAGGGCGGCACGUCGACGGCGAGUUUCGGCCGACCCAUCUCGGUCGUCCUGCCGUCCUCCUCGAACCAGGCGUCGUCGGACUCCGAGUCAAGCAGCUCAGCGGUGCCGCCGGUGCGCAAAAGACAGCGGCUCACACACUUGAGUCCCGAGGAGAAGGCACUGAGAAGGAAACUGAAAAACAGAGUUGCGGCUCAGACUGCCAGGGACAGGAAAAAAGCCAAAAUGGGCGAACUGGAGCAGCAGGUCGUGGAGUUAGAGCUUGAGAACAAAAAGCUUCACAUUGAAAACCAGCUCCUCCGGGAAAAAAACAACGGCCUGCUUACUGAAAAUGAUGAGCUGAAGCACAAACUUAAUUUGGACGCCUUUGAAUCAAAGGAGAAGGUGCGACUCUUGAGUGCAAGCGAGGUUGACAAUUCGGAACUCUGCAGUACUCGAGCUAUGUGUGCCUCUGCAGCAGGUGCAGACCCAGCAGUUCCUAAACCUGAAAACGCCCCAAUGGAUACAGAUGGUCCUGAUGCUGCAGACAAUGAGUCUGAUCUGUUCCUGGGCAUUCUGGACAUCUUUGACCCGGAGCACUUCAUUCAGUCCUGCGAGCAGCAGUCAGUGCUCCUGGUCAACGGCGGCGAUCCCCUACCCAUCGCCGCACCUGCGCCUCUGGGGACGCCAUCAAUCAAGCUGGACACCCUUAAUGGACUGAUACAAUUGGAUCAUAUUUACACCAAGCCAGCAGAGAUGGCCACGGAAGAUGUCAAGGAAAGCGACAACAACCUGACUGCUUCCUUUUCCGUCGCCGAGGUGGUGGUGUCGGAGGACGGCGUCUGCAUCAAAGACGAGCCGGAGGAAGCGGUCAUCCCUACACAGAUGGACGACUUCCUCUGCGAUGCUGCAGCCGCCGCCUCCUCACCCGUCCUCGGCGGCCUGGAUAAGGAAGCCUGUCUGGCAGACUCCUACAGCGACUCUGGAUACGAGUACUCCCUCUCCCCUUUGAGCAACCUGUCGUCGUCCCCGCUGUGGUCCGGCAGCUCCUGGGACGACAUAGUUGCCACUGAACUCUUCCCCCAGCUCAUUUUGAUGUGAACGCACUCACAAUUGGCCAUAACAAACGUAUUCAACGUGUAUCGCUGGUGCCGAGCUAAAACCUGUUACAAAUUUUUUUUUGUUUUUUUUAUAGUCUGUCCACACACGUGGGUUGAAUGUCUGAAACGGUUAACAGCUGAAUCAUUUUGGAGGUUGCAAACAUUCCGCCCGACGCCAGCGAUAUAUUAGUGAUAACAUCACCUGUUGGUGUUUCUGCUCCCUUUCACUUUACAGCAGGUCUGUAGCGCUCACCAUGCCGCAAUGGCUCAUGGGAAAUGGAGUUCGCUUUUAGAUUGCUAUCCAGUAUUGUAAAAGGGAAUGGAUUGGGGGAAGGGGGCGGGGGGGGGGGGGGGGGUUCAUUUAAAUAUGAAAUACUAUUUAUUAGUGUAUUCUGCAUUCGGUUCGCUGUAUACAAACGAGCUUCAAAAUGUUGCUAACUUUCCUUGUAAGUCUUCAAAAAUAAAACUUCAAAAAUAA